AUGUUUAAGAAGAAACUUGGUAUACAGAAUCUACUCUAUCAAGAACUUCUGGAGAGCGACCCCGUAGAGUACCGCCGCUUGCUGCACGUUGACUCCAACCAGUUUGCUGACAUUCCCUCGUCAACUGCAUCAUGCAUCCAAAAACUCGACACUGAAAUGCGUCCAGCCAUCCCAACCAAAGACAAACUUCAACUGACGCUGCGGUUUCUUGCCUCAGGCGAGAGUCAACAUUCCCUAAGCAGGCAGUUCCGCAUUAGCCACAGCGCCGUCAACGGGUUCCUCGUUGAAACUUGUGACGCCAUUUACAAAAUGCUGGGACCAAAAUAUGUGGUGUCCCCGCGGACGAAAGAUGAGUGGCUUGCGGUAAUGAAGAACUUUUACGAAAGAUGGCAGUUUCCGCAAUGUAUUGGAGCGCUGGACGGAAAACAUGUCACAAUUAUCAAACCUCCAAACUCUGGAUCUGUGUAUAUUAAUUACAAAGAGACCUUCAGUAUCGUGCUUUUUGCUCUUGUGGACGCAGACAGCAGGUUUUUGUACAUUGAUGUUGGCGCACCUGGGUCUGAUGGAGAUGGAGGCAUUUGGAGGACGACACCACUGCGGAAUGCCAUCGAGAACGAAACAGCCGGUCUGCCGAUCUCAGGACCUGGACCGGUCGGCGUCCCACCCGUCUCCGUUGGAGACGACGCCUUUCCCUUGUCUAAAAACUUACUGAAGCCAUAUACUGGUACAAAUUUGGACGAAGAAAAGGUUAUAUUUAACUGCAGGUUUUCGCACACAACUAUCGAUGCCGAACAAGGAAGGGUCACCUCAUUCAUCAAGGCAGCGUGUGUGCUGCACAACUAUCUGCGAGCUGCACCUGUGCUUUUUAAAGCGUCGAAAGAAUACCACCAGCGAAACAGGACAAUCUACUUCGGGCUACGAAGUUGCAAAGGGCGCUCCGGGGCAAGAGCUUUAGAAGGCGCCAUCGCGUGGCAGAGGGAAGAGGCGGGCCUUAAUCUGCGGAUAAAUGACAAAAUGUAA